GGAGCGGGACAUACCGGCUGGCGAGCAGGCGCGGGCGGGCGGGCGAGCAGCUGACAGCCUCGUCACGGCGGCGGGAGGGAGCGCGCGCCCCGCCUGCCUCCGGGAGGAGCCCGCAUCCGCACAGGCUGCGCUGCCCUGUCCUAAGCGAGGCGAGCUGGGAAGAAGCUCUGAGCACUUGUGUUCUUCCUCAGACCAACCUGCUGUGUAUGCAUCCUGGCUCCCAGUGACUCCUGCUUUCUCCAAGACUUGUUCCACUGGACCCCCAUCACCAGACCUCUACAGGUGCUUUCUGGUCGACCAUUGGAGCCCUCUAGCAACAUGCCGGAACAGAGCAACGACUACCGGGUGGCUGUGUUCGGGGCAGGUGGUGUUGGCAAGAGCUCCCUAGUUUUGAGGUUUGUGAAAGGCACAUUCCGGGAGAGCUACAUCCCCACGGUGGAAGACACAUAUCGGCAGGUGAUCAGCUGUGACAAGAGCAUCUGCACACUGCAGAUCACAGACACCACAGGCAGCCACCAGUUCCCCGCCAUGCAGCGGCUGUCCAUCUCCAAGGGGCACGCCUUCAUUCUGGUGUAUUCCAUCACCAGCCGGCAGUCCUUGGAGGAGCUCAAACCCAUCUAUGAACAAAUCUGCGAGAUCAAAGGAGACGUGGAGAGUAUCCCCAUCAUGCUGGUGGGGAACAAGUGUGACGAGAGCCCGAACCGCGAGGUGGAGAGCAGUGAGGCGGAAGCCCUGGCCCGCAAGUGGAAGUGUGCCUUCAUGGAGACCUCGGCCAAGCUCAAUCACAACGUGAAGGAGCUGUUUCAGGAGCUGCUCAACUUGGAGAAGCGCAGGACCGUGAGCCUACAGAUCGACGGGAAAAAGAGCAAGCAGCAGAAGAGAAAAGAAAAGCUCAAGGGCAAAUGUGUGAUCAUGUGAAUGCCUUUCCCAUGGGAGGAGCAGCUGAGUGUCCCUUGUCACCUCUCCCUCCCCCUUCCACGUGAAACCCACUGUCACGUCGUCAGGGCAGCAUGUAAGAUGCCCACAUGUUAAAUAUUGCAUUUUGACCGAGAUGUGCCCUCUUGGCUUUAAGAGGGCAUUUCACACCACCAACAAUAAGCCCCCUUCUCCAGAGUCAGGGAAUCAGCCAGAUGGUUAAAAUGAAAAGCAACAUGCUCGGGACUGUGGGCGACUGAGAGGUACCAGCAGUCCCUGAAAGCAUUGUAUGCCGUGAGGAGGUGGUGGGGCUGGUACCCACAGAAGCAGUGUGUGCUCAGAGCAGUCACUGUCACGCAUGCGUUCCCGAGCAUGUGAGCCUGGAGCUUCAGGUACCACCCCACACCAGGCGUUUCCCCCGGCUCAGAAGUCAGUGCCAUCCUGGGGGGAGGGGAGAGGCAGGAGGAGGUGAGAAGAACAGGCCAGAGUUGCUCCAUUUCAUGGUUCUUUAACUGAAUUACAGUAAAAUAACACGGCCUCCCCCAGAGGAUGUUUACUCUCCACUCCCAGCUGACCUGUGAGCCUCGCUUCCCUAAGUGGUCCUAUUCACCUCACUAGACCUGGUUAACAGGUAUCAGUUUCACCAUUUAGAGUAUUUAUUUUCAUGUAUGAGGAUGAGUUCACUAAGAGCGUGCUGCUCUGUCAGAAAUUCUGUAGUUUGUGAGGGAGGAUGCUGGGACAUUACUAAGCCAGUGCAGCAGUGCUCCUUUGUGUUGUACUUGGAGGGUUUUAGAUGUGAAGUUUCCUUCCUUUGACCCACAAGGGCUAUCACUUCUUCCAGCCCUCAGAUUUUAAAUAAAAGCAAUUAAAGUAUUUAUUUUUAGAAAAUGCUGUUUUCCUCCAAGAUUGUUUUCUUCUUUUAAAUAACUCGAUCUCUAUUCAGCUGGCUAACAGCCGACAAAGGCCAUCUGAAGACCAAAAGCACAUCCAUUUUCUAAAUGACAUGGACAUGUAAAUGCCAUACUUUGCACCCUAAUGAAAUAUUUUGAAACAGAAGUUGUUCACUGUGUUUUUGAUGACCUAUCUAUAACAGUAUAUUCCUGGAAUAUGUGUUCAAGUAAUAGUAGACUAUAUUUGCAUGUUAUAAUGUCCAUUAUAAAUGUCCCCUGAGAGCUGUUCAAUGCAGUGUUCACUCUGGAAACAAUUAUCUUUUUCUCCUAAUGAUCUUGUGUGUAUCCUUAAUCCUUCAGGCCAAAUAACAGCCACUGUUGUUUCCUAACUGCUGGUGUGGAGAUGGGGUGGUGGUGGAGACAGGCAGGGCAGAGUCAUUGCUCUGCCAACCUCGAGUCUGGUUUGGCUCUGCUUCCCCAAAAUUCCCAGUAACAGAGUCUGUGCAUUCUCCUGUUCAUUCCAGUCAGCACAGCUCUUGCUGGCCCUGAUUCUGGAAUCUUCCUUCCAGCAGCUCUUCCUGUUGCCUGCCUGGCAGGCAGAGGAAGCUAAGUGCUGCCUCCCGGGCUUGUGCAGGGAGCUUCCUGGCUGUGGGGCUGCAGUGCCAGCCUAGGUAGAGUGGUCAAGUGUGGGACAUUUGCACACACCCCCUUUGGAUCGUCUCUUCUGCAAUCUGCUGUGUCUUCCCUGCCCCUCCUGAGCAGGGCUGAGGCAGCAGGAACUGGGCAGCUCCCUGCUCUCAACAAAUUCUAAAUUAACCCUUACUGGUUAAAUUUCCUUGCUUUUGUCUCAUCCUCUCUGCUUGUCUAGUAAGUCACACUUGGAAUGAGGUUUAGUGUGUGGGACGUACUUUGAGAAUCAUUUGAUCCGUGGGCUUGGUAGCACCUUGGCCUCUUAGAACAAAACCUGAGCAGAGAGGGUAUGGGGGGUGGCCUGGGUGCCAGCAGGGGAACCAGAACUCCUUACCAGGCCCCAUCAAGUCCUAACAUGUGCACUCUCUGGCGGGCUCAUCCUGUUCCAAGUGGCUGUUCUACCGCCUUCACAGUGAGAUCUACUUGGUAGAUUUUCUAGAACAUUUGUCUUUCAACUUGUCUCUAUCUUUUUUCUAUUUCUCUUCUCAGAUGCUAUCAAUUUAUAAUUUUACUAUGGGUUAAGUGGAAGAAGAAACAGGACUUCAUGACCAAAAUGGGAUUUAGAUAUCUUGGAUGGGUGCUUUGCUAACAGUACGAUGUCAUGUAUGCCACGUGCUGUAAUGCCUACAAGGCUCCUGGAGUGAGCUGUCCCUGCCAAAUGUCCAUUCCUACUGAUACAAAUCAGAAUUGCUUUUGCCCUCUCAAGUCAGUGUCUACAUUUUUAAGUGUUUAAAGCUUCAUCAGUAUGAGAAACUUGUAAUUGUUAAAAAUCUGAUCUCCUUCAGGACACAUGUUCCACUGUAAUUUGCCCGUGAGUUUACAGGAGGGCUAUUCAUGCCUCGAUUGAGGGUCUUUGUUCUGAGGUCAUUUUCUGUGACCUGAACUGAUGGCAUUGGUGAUUAUCUCGAAAUAGUAUUUCAGGAGUUCCCCCAUUGACCCAGGGUUGAGGAGUUAGUUCCACUGAAUCAGAUGAUUUUAGUAUUUAUGUGGCCCCAUCCUGAAAAUGUAUUGUGGUUCUUGAGGACAUGUCCUACAUUGCAUAUGGGCACAGAAGUUUUUGACCUAGCACAGUAAGUUACAAAACUCAAAAUAUUGCUUUGAAGAUGGCACUCUGGGAAUAAGUAUGGGGCUCCAUGAGUUCCCUUCAGUCCCUGCCAGUCCCUCCUCCAUCAAGUGACAAGCCAUGGGCGUGCCCUGGGCAUGCAUGCAAUACAGCAAGACCAACACAAGAGCAAUAUUGAAUUGUCCAUCAGAUCAAAAUUAUAUAUGUUAUAUAUUUUAUCUUCCUGCAUUUUUGAAGUAUAAAGUAGUACAUUUUACAUAUCUGUAAGCUAGUAUAUUUGUUUCACCAUUUGUAAUAUUCAAGAAAUGCUCAUUCUUUGUAGAACAAACAAAAGUAUUAAAAUAUUUUAAAAAGUUGUUCUGUGAUCUUUUCCCCCCCAAAAUUUGUGUGUUGCUCCUACAUAAGCUCUCUGGAAAUAUCCAUAACUAACAGGACAUAGGGAAGUCUUCAAAGCUACAUCCUGGAAUUCAUUACCCCACAAAGACAAAUAUAUGGACAGAGUAUUUAUAAAAGCAUGACUUUUCUAUGUGGGAUAUCAAUAUGAAUAUUUAUAUUUAAGGUGUAUUGUUACAAUUCCAUUAUCUACUAUAUUUUAUUUACAGUUAUACAAAUCAUUCUUGCAUACGAGUUUCUAGUUGCCAGUGAUGUUCUGAGAAUAAUGACACAUUAAAAUAAAUCUUCAGUUCUGACA